UAUCUACGGCGGCUCCUCUGAACGCUCCGUGUUAUGUGAACGACAGCAGAAUGAAUUCCACCUGCUUCCUCCUCUUCUUCGGCUUCUGCCUCUGCUUCAGUGGCGCGGCUUCACCGCCUAACUUCGUCCUGUUGUUCGCAGAUGAUUUAGGUUUAGGGGAUUUGGGUUGUUAUGGACACCCAACUUCGCUGACCCCGAACCUAGACCGACUGGCUGCGGGAGGACUCCGCUUUACAGACUUCUACUGCACCAGUCCUGUCUGCAGCCCUUCUAGGGCGUCCUUGUUGACGGGACGUUAUCAGACUCGCUCGGGCAUCUAUCCAGGAGUGUUGUACCCAGACUCUGUGGGUGGUCUUCCCCUGAAUGAGACCACCAUUGCUGAAGUCUUGAAACCUCUGGGCUAUGCCACUGCUGCCAUAGGGAAGUGGCACCUGGGAUUUGGGAAAAAUGGGACCUUUCUUCCAACCAAGCAGGGAUUUGACCAGUACCUUGGCAUUCCCUACUCUCAUGACAUGGGCCCCUGCUGGAACCUGACUUGUUUCCCUCCAGAUGUGAAGUGUGUUGGAUUGUGUGAUAUUGGCCAUGUAACCAUUCCACUUAUGCACAAUGAGGUCAUCCAGCAGCAACCAGCCAAUUUCCUAGACCUGGAAGAGGCUUACAGUGACUUUGCAACCAAUUUCAUCUUCACAUCAGUCAAGAAUAAACAACCUUUCUUCCUCUACUAUCCCUCCCAUCACACUCACUACCCCCAGUAUGCAGGUGAAGGUGCAGCUGGGAAGACUCUAAGGGGCCCAUUCGGAGAUUCUCUGUUGGAGUUUGACAACACUAUAGGAAACCUACUGACGACUCUGACGAAGACAGGAGUGAUCAACAACACACUGAUUUUCUUUACUUCAGACAAUGGACCUGAGCUGAUGCGCAUGUCCCGUGGCGGUAACGCUGGCCUUCUGAAAUGUGGGAAAGGCACCACGUACGAUGGAGGCAUGAGAGAGCCAGCCAUCGCCUACUGGCCCGGCACCAUCAGGCCAGGUGUGACACAUGAGUUGGCCAGUACUCUCGAUAUCCUCCCAACCUUCGCUACACUAGCAGGAGCCAAACUGCCCAAGGUGAUGCUGGAUGGCGUCGAUAUGACUGAACUCCUUAUCAAACAGGCGAAGAGUAAAAGGGAGACGAUGAUGUUUUACCCCACUGAUCCCACAGAGAAGUACGGUCUGUUUGCCCUCAGGUUGGGGAAGUACAAGGCUCACUUCUAUACACGAGGUGCCACCCACAGCGGUACCACACCAGACAAAGACUGCCCAGUAUUUGCACUUCUCAAGGCACACGACCCUCCUCUGCUUUUCGACCUGGAGGCUGAUCCCUCGGAGAACUACCCACUCCCUCUGGUGGGAAAACCCGACCUUCAAGCCGUGCUGGAGCGGAUCAAGAAAGUCAAGCAGCAGUUUGAGGCCUCCAUGGUGUUUGGUGAGAGCCAAAUUUCAAAAGGAAAAGAUUCCAGUCUGGAGCCAUGCUGCAAUCCUCAGUGUACGCCCAAGCCCAGCUGCUGCCACUGUAACAAAUUGCUGUAAAAAUACAGGACAUUUUUGAACGUCCUCUAUUUUUUAAAUCUGUACUGUCCUUCAUGAAUACUGUAAAUGUUGAUGUUGUUGUGGAAUAAAAUUUUAACAUCAAACUACUGCAAAA